AGACACCUAAUAUCUUGUCAUCGGCCAUUGAUAAAAAACAGGCUUGCGUCGUCCGAUCGUCUUUUAGCUGUGUCAAUGAAAAUUUCAAAGGUAAUUUGAGGUGGAAACUCAACCAUCUUUGGCACUUUCCCGUCUUUUCGUACACAAUUACUUUUCAGGUUCGUAAAGCUUUGGAUGAUCAUCCCGUGAGAGAGAUUCGAUUCCAAAAGGAUGACUCGAACAAAUCCGACCUACUGAUUGUGGUGUAUAUGGAUCCAGAGAAAUUUUUAAAUUUAUCCAAAAGCUAUGGACAAUCCGAUCUGUUAGACAACACAUUUGAAGACACGCUGAACGAACGUUUGGCUGCCCUUUCACCUUCGCGAGUGAACCCUAUCGCGUGCACACAGGACAGAAUUUACUUACAAGCUCAUGGCAUCUGUCCAAAAGGAGGAGAAUUUGUUUUCAUCGGACAGAAUUCUACGAGUACCAAACUUUCGGUAUGCCUAUGGAGUGCACUAAUGCUACUGUUGAUCACAUGUUGUUGGCGAU